AUGGAUAUUCUUACAGUAUCGCCUUUUAUCGGAUCAAAACUAGCUGAACUACGAUCUCAAGAAGAAAAGAUUUUAAAUGGUAUUGCUCGCAGUAUCUACUAUAAAUAUUUUCGACAAAAUGAAAUACAUAUUAAGUCGUAUGUAAUCAAAACCAUUGUUUUAUGGAUGUGCGAAGAAUAUAAUUCUGAUGGAAUCUUUUCAAAUGUACAGGAUGAACAACAAGUUGCAAUUGAGUUGAUAAAAUAUUUUAUUGAUUAUACAAAAGGGAAACUAAAAUCUCGUGUAUGUAAACAUUAUUUCAUUGAUGCUUUUAAUCAGUUGGACGAAUACACAGAGCACGUUGUCAAAAAUUCGUACGAUAUUCUAACAAAUGACGUUUAUGUUCCGUCGAUGCAACAUGAGCCUGAAACGACAGAACUAAAACCACGAAAAUUUUUAGAUUUAUUUAAAGAACCUUAUUCAGAGACGGUUGAGGCAUUUCGUUCAAUGGAGACAAAUGCAGCAAAUUUCGAUAAGUUCACAUACGUGUACAGAAAAGGAAUAUUCAUCAUUAAAGGAAAUGUGUUGGAAUUUGUUGGCAAAUGA